UAAAAUCUUGGGGUUUCUUGUUCCUUCUUCGCCAAGUUUCCGUUAGAACUCUCUCUUCUCACUCUCAGAUCCUUAUUUCUAUAUAUCUUUCUGUUUCAAUUCUCUUUUUAUUUACAAAACUUUCAUUUUUUCUAUACUCUUUCUUCAAUUUUUUUCAUCAAUUCAACGUGUUUCUUCAACAAGACCUAUAUCAACAACAAAGCCUAAAUUUCGAACCGUUUCAGUCAGUGAAGGUUUUGCGUAAUUUGCGAAAAUGAGCUGGGAUUUGGAGAUAAAUGGCGUGUUCAAGAAUAUGAAUGCGCCUAUUCUUGAACCUUCGGAAACUGGCGCGAUCGAAGAACCGAUACCAAUUGAUCGGCGCAAUCCGAAUGAGGAUGAGUAUGUUGAUAUCAUGACGUGUGAUAACUCCGGCAAACCUUUGAUAGUGCCGGAUCAAUUUGAUGGUGGCGCCGAGAGUUCUGGCUCCUUUGGUGAUACAGAUUUAGAGAAUGCUGCUCAUGAUUCCUUUGGUGAUCCAGAAGUCGAAUCGCGAAUGUAUGCUGAUAUGGCGUCGUCAUCGAUGUGUGAUGAUUGGGAUGAAGAUGAACCACUCCGACAAAGAAGUAAAAGGAAGACAACAGCUCAUUGGAGAAAGUUCAUUAGUCCUGUUAUGUCGCGCUGCAAGUGGACUGAAUUGAAACUGAGAAAACUUCAGUCUCAAGCGCGGAAAUAUGAAAAAGAGCUUGCGGAACUCGAUCAUGAAAAGCAAUUUGAUUAUGCACAUUUAAGAUUAGAUGGCUGUGAAAUCAAAUCAGUACCUAUUUCGACUCGGAUGCAUAGGAAUAAAGUUAUGACGAGGAAAAAACGAGAAAGAGUUGAAAAGAAUUGCGAUUUUGCAUCAUAUAUGUCAAACCAUCCUUUAUUCGCAUACAAUGAGAAAGCUAACCGUAAUGUCGAUGAUGAUCGUUUGGAAGAUUGUCAUGAAGCUGCCAUAGGUGGUGAUUGUGGAAAUAUGUUAAAGUUCGAGUUGGAAGAUGUAUGGUCUUGUGUAGGUAAUUAUGAUAAUGAUAAGUCCUGGAAUGAUAUGAUUCAAAAGAUGAUAGCUAUGGAGUCUCAACUUCAAAGUUUGAAAUCUAGACAUGAAAAGGUGAUUAGUGAAAAUUCAGAAAGGUUUUGUUCUGUAAAUCAACCAUCUGAUGGAUUUAAUCAUACUAAUAUCAAGCCCGAUGCUUUCGCUGGAACUGCAUCAUCAGGCGAUGGCAAGAUUGUUCCCCCUAUCGAAGACACUGAUAGGCCUGAACCGCUUGGUCUAUUGGACUAUAUCGAUGAAGAUCUUACAAUGUAUCAUGAGUUAGCCAAGAUAAAUCAACUUGAAUUAGAAAUUAUUGGAAAUGAAAUGAUAAAUCAACUUGAAUCGAUUAAAGAGAAUACUGUGCACAAUGUCAAUGUGCAUUCGACUUUGAAAUCAUGUUCUACAUUGAAAUCGAAUAUCCCAAGGAACAAAAGGAAGCGCGAGAAUAUAUCGGGUAGAAAGAAGAGGUCAAGGAUGUCUCGUUAAAGUGAAUCUGAUUCGAGCAUUGUUCCGCAAACAUGUUGGAAAUGGAAACGGCUUCUGAGGAGUUCUGCAAAUGUUUGUCUAUCAAGUUUUUUCGUCUCUUUAAAAUGUAGAAUUCGCACAAAAGUGUUGGUUAUGAAGUGUUAUGACUAUGCAGAAGUACUAUUUAUAUUGAUUUGUUCGAUUUAAUA